AAUUUGACGCCUGUUUUUUCAAAAAUGCCGGUUUCAUGGUAUAAGGAUGUUAAAAAACUCGAAGACAUUGUUAAUGGUGAUCGGCUUAAAAGACGUAUGCGUCAAGAUAAUGGAGUUUUUAUUCUAGAAUUAUGGUACGAUGAAAAACCAGAAAUUGAUAUCCCAAAAGAAUAA